AUGACGACACCACGAGUCUUCAUCGUCCGCCACGGCGAGACAGAGUGGUCCCUGAGCGGCCAGCACACCGGCAGCACCGACAUCCCCCUCACCGAGAAUGGCGAGAAGCGCAUCCGCGCCACGGGAAAGGCCCUCGUCGGCCACAACCGCCUCAUUGUCCCCGCACAGCUCGCGCACAUCUACGUCUCACCACGCAAACGUGCCCAGCACACCCUCGAGCUGCUGAACCUACAGCUCGACGAGCCAUACCCCUGGCAGCUCCAUAGCAGCAACACCAAAAAGGAGGACCAGCAGCAGCAGACCGCUUCAGGGGCGGAAGGCAACGGCGGCGACGGCGAUGGCGACGAUGGCGGCAGUCGCUCGUGCAGCGCCCGCGUCGAGGUCACAGAGGAUAUCCGCGAAUGGGACUAUGGCGAGUACGAGGGCAUCACGAGCGCCGAGAUCCGGGAUCGGCGCGAGAAGGCCGGCCUGGGCAGGGACUGGGACAUCUGGGCCGACGGAUGUCCUGGCGGCGAAUCUCCGGAGGACGUGACUGCCCGCGUCGACCGGCUCAUCGCAGACAUACGGUCCCGCUUCCAUGCGCCGUGCAUCGGCAAGCCCCGGAGCGGCGCCACGGGCAGCGAGACCCAGCAGGGCGACGUCCUCAUCGUCGCCCACGGCCACAUCCUCCGCGCGUUUGCGAUGCGCUGGGUCAAGCAGGGCCUGAGGGGUGGGCCCUUGUUCCUGAUGGAGGCCGGUGGUGUGGGAACGCUGAGUUACGAGCACAAGAACAUCGAUGAGCCAGCCAUUCUCCUCGGUGGAGCCUUCAUCGUGCAUGACCAGUAG